AUGGCUGCCAGUGGAGGCCAAGGCAAAGAACUUGUGGAGUACCACAACCUCCUCAUAUCUGCCCCACGCCUGUGCGACUUCCGGCGGCGUGGGGCUGGACUGAACUGGUUGCUCCAGGCGUCGGUACCGAGUCCGGGAGAACGGCGGCCGUCUCUUCCCGAUAGAGCGUGCGAGGCCGCGGUUCAGGUCGGGAGCCGGGCCGUGCGCGGGGCUGAGCUCCUCCAGCGGAGCUGGCGGGUGUCACUUCCAGUUCCCAAGCCUGUGGAGAUCCCCCUGCUGGAAGGAAGGGAUGAACCCUGGAUCCCAGAUGCGCACACCUUGAAGGACAUGGCAGGAGAGCUCAGCGCAGGUGAUGGUAUCACAACUAUGAAGGAAGAUCUGCAGAACAGUGGCAUGGCCCAGAGGCAGUGUGCUAGCGUCCCUGUUGGAAAAGCCAGGAAGGAUGUCCAAGGGGGUUUGGAGCAAGGAGAGCACAUCAAGAAGCCACUGGGAAACUGUCCAGGAAAGAGAGCAAGGAAACACCUAGACUGCAGCACAGGUCAGAAGCAAUGUAAAGACUCAGUGAGCAAGGAAGUGUGCCAUAAGAAAAGUCAAAAUCCAUGUGAUGGGAGUGAGAAAAGCUUUCAGACUUAUUCUGACUGUGUUAACCAGCAGCACAUCCAUGCAGGAGGCAGACACUUUAAAUGCCAUGAAUGUGACAGGAGCUACAUAAAAAGUUGCAACUUGCAUAUCCACCAGUGCGUCCACACAUCAGAGAAACUUGAUAAUUGCCCCAAGGGUGAGAAGAACUUCAGUUCAGAUCUUCAUUCCCACCAGCGCAUGCACUCGGAAGACAGACCCUACAAGUGUCAACAGUGUGGGAAGAGCUUCAAAAGCAGUUCUAAACUCCUUUCCCACCAACACAUCCACACAGGAGAGAGACCCUUUAAGUGUCCCGAGUGUGGCAAGAGCUUCAAAAGCCGUUCUGACCUCAUCUACCACCAGCGCAUCCACACAGGGGAGAGAGCUUUUAAGUGUCCUGAGUGUCCAAAGAUCUUCAGAAGCAGUUCUGACCUUGCAAUCCACCAGCGCAUCCACACAGGUGACAAACCUUACAAGUGCCCUGUGUGUGAGAAGAGCUUCCGGCAGUGCUCCCACCUCAUGAUCCACCAGCGCAUCCACACAGGAGACAGACCCUACAAGUGCCUCAGCUGUGGGAAAGGCUACAAAAGCAGUUCUCAUUUGAAGAGCCACCAGCGCAUCCACACAGGAGAAAGACCGUUCAAGUGCUCCGUGUGUGGAAAGAGCUUCAAAAGCAGUUCCAACCUCAUCCGCCACCAGCACAUCCACACAGGAGAGAGACCCUUUAAAUGCCCAGAGUGUGAGGAGAGCUUCAAAAGCAGUUCUGACCUCAUCUACCACCAGAGCAUCCACACAGGAGAGAGACCCUAUAAGUGCCCCGAGUGUGGGAAGAGCUUCAGAAGGAGUUCCAACCUGACAAUCCAUCAUCGCAUCCACACAGGAGAGAGACCUUUUAAGUGUCCACAGUGUCCAAAGAGCUUUAAAAGCAGUUCCCACCUUAUCUACCACCAGCUCAUCCACACAGGAGAGAGAGCCUUUAAGUGUCCUGACUGCUCAAAGAACUUCAAAAGCAGUUCCCACCUCAUCCGCCACCAGCGCAUCCACACAGGGGAGAAAGACCCUACAAGUGCCCUGAGUGUGGGAAGAACUUCAAAAGCAGUUCCAACCUCAGAGGUCAGCUGCACAUCCACACAGGAGAGAGACCUUGCAAGUACUCUGAGUGUGGGGAAGGCUUUAGAAGCAGUCGUAAACUCAACUCCCACAGGCGCAUCCACAGAGGAGACAGAUGACAGAAGUGCCCUGAGUUUGUGACAAGCUUCAGAAGCAGUUCCAGCCUCCUUACCUACAAGCAUGUCCACACAAGAGAUAGAGCCUGCUAGUGCCACGAAUGUGAGAAGGUCUUCAGCUGGAACCCCAACCUGGUUCCUUGCUUGUGGAUUUGCAUGAUGAUGAAACCUUCACAAAUCGCUUGAGCAGAGGAAGAGCUCUGGAGCCAAAGCCAAUCAUGUUCCUCAUUCCUUCCGGGGGAAUUGCCCUGUCUCCAGCAGAAAGAGAGCAAUAUGGGCAAGUGGACAUGCAAAGGAGAAUCCAGCGAUUACGGCAGGUGGAUCAGAAGCACAUUUCUGCCAGGUCUGUGUGCAGGGAAUUGUCUGAAGAAGUCAUUUCUUCUCACCCCAGAGAAACUCAUCUGCUGUGGGUCAACAGAUGAGGAUCCAGAUUAAACCUCAGCUGGACCAAGAAUUCACUCUGCAGGGAACGCAGGAAGAGCUUCAGCUGGAGCUUAACUUUUAGUAGACCCCAGUAAACCAACACAGGAGAGAGCCCCUGUGAGCACCUUGACUGCUGGAAGAAGUACAUCCAGAGCUGGGGGCUCAUCAAACACCAGUGGAUACCAGUUUGGAACACAUCCCCUAUUUAUAUAUCCACAUUCAGUGCUGCCUGUGUUUGCCUGAGCAUGCUGCUCCCGGGGCAGGAUGGGAAGGAUGCCACAUGUGUGAGGUGUGAGCAGGUGGAGGAGCUGCUCUGCCUGGUGGUGGAGCUUAGGGAGGAGGUGGAGAGGUUAAGAACCAUUAGAGAGUGUGAGAGGGAGAUAGACGGGUGGUGUGACUCUCUGUGAGAAAGGAGCAGAGAUUGCAACCCCCAAACUAUAGUGGACCCUCUCCCUUGCCAUGGUCAAACCGAGAGAGCAAACUUGAGAAGGGAGGAGGAAUGGCAGCAGGUCCCACCUCAGCGAGUCAGGCAGCACUCAUCCCAACCUGCCUCAGUUCCUCAGGUGCCUCUAAUAGGUUUGAAGCCCUGAAACUGAAGGGUGAGGUGGCUGAGAAUGAGGUGGAGAGACAGGCUCCAAGCUUUUCUAAGGAGAGGCAGUCAGCUCCAUGCUUGAAGACUGCCUCCUCCAGUAAAGAAAGGAGGGUGAUACCAUAAGUAACUCCCUUCUAUAAGGAACUGAGGACCCAGUAUGUCUGCUUGACCUCACCUAUAGGGAAGUGUACUGCCUCCUCCCUAGGGCAUGGGUCAGGGAUAUCUCUAGAAAGCUUCCUGGGCUUAUUCGCCCAUCUGGUUACUAUGCCUUAUUGGUAGUUCAGGUUGGCAGUGAUGAUGCUGCUGAGAGAAGCCUGAGGGCUCUCACGGGACUGGGGAGGAUACUUGAUGGAGUGGGUGUGCAGAUGGUUUUCUCUUCUAUCCCUGCAGUGGUGGGGAAGGACACUGAGAGGAUCAAAAAAACCCUCCUCAUAAAUAAAUGGCUUAGAGGUUGGUGCAGGCACAAGAUUUUGGGGUUUUUUUUGACCAUGGGGCAAUUUACUUGGCUCCUGCCAUGACGGCUGCAGAUGGAACUCACCUGUCUGCAUGGGGUGAAAGUAUCCUGGCCCAGGAACUGGUGGGCCUCACUGAAAGGUGUUUGAACUAGGUAACAAGGGGGAAUGGAACAAAAUGAGGGCCGCUGGGGUUGAGCGGGUAGUUCGAGGCUCAAAACAGAGCUUGAUGGGUGAUGAGGGUGGAGUUCGAAGGGAUGGAGAGCAGCAGGGGGAUGCUGCUUCCCUAGAGUGUAUGCACACAAUGUGUGCAGUAUGGGAAUAAACAGGAAGAGCUGGAGUUCUGCGUGUGGUCGCAUGGCCACAAUCUCAUUGCCAUCACGGAGAUGUGGUGGGACAGCUCGCAUGGCUGGAAUGUUGUCAUGGAGGGCUGUGUGCUUUUUAGGAAAGAUCGGUUGGUGAGGUGGGGUGGUGGAGUUGCUCUUUAUGUGAGAGAGCAGCUAGAAUGUACUGAACUCCAGCUGGGGGAAAGCAGUGUAGCAGUGGAGAGCUUGUGGGUGAGAAUCAAGGGGCGGGCUGGUAUGGCUGACACUGCUAUGGAUGUGUACUACAGGCCUCCUGAUCAGGAGGAGGAGAUUGAUGAGGCCUUUUGUAAGGAACUGUAAGCAGUGUCACGAUCCCAGGUGCUGGUGCUUAUGGGGGAAGACUUCAGUUAUCCAGAUAUUUGCUAGAUAACAACGUGGCCAGGCACGCGCGGUCCAGACAGUUCCUGCAAUGUGUUGAAGACAACUUUCUGAUGCAGGUGGUGGAGGAACUGACAAGGGGAGGGCUGUUGCUGGACGUUAUUCUCACUAAUAAGGAAGGCCUUGUCAAGGAAGUAAAGGUUUGGGGCAGCUUGGGUUGUAAUGACCAGAAGGUGGUGGAGUUUGAGAUAUUGAGUGGAAGAAGUAAAGCAAAAAGUAGGAUUGCUACACUGGACUUCAGGAGAGCCAACUUUGAUCUCUUCUGGGACCUACUUGGAGAUAUCCCGUGGGCGAGGGUGUUGGAAGGUAAGGGGGCCUGUGAGAGCUGGUCAGCAUUUAAACAGCUCUUCUUCCAAGCUCAGGAUCGGUGCGUCCCUGUGAGGA